AGUGCCUUGAUGUGCUAUAUGUGUGCCACUGUAACUUGACGUUUCUGUACGUGUAAAUAUUUAUUUUUCCCAGUUGUACGCAAAUUGGGAUUUAAUUAAUUACAAGAAUAAAUCAAACACCGUAUAAAAAUGUCGUAUAUGCUGGGUCACCUUCACAAUGGGUGGCAAGUGGAUCAGGCAAUUUUAUCAGAAGAGGACCGAGUGGUCGUGAUCAGAUUUGGCCACGAUUGGGAUCCAAUGUGUAUGAAAAUGGAUGAAGUCCUCUACAAUAUUGCAGAAAAAGUAAAAAACUUUGCAGUCAUUUAUCUAGUCGAUAUAACAGAGGUCCCAGACUUUAAUAAAAUGUAUGAGUUGUACGAUCCAUGCACGGUCAUGUUCUUCUUCAGAAACAAGCAUAUAAUGAUUGAUUUAGGCACUGGAAACAAUAAUAAAAUCAAUUGGACUUUAGAAGACAAACAGGAAAUGAUUGAUAUCAUUGAAACGGUUUAUCGGGGCGCUAGAAAAGGCAGAGGUUUGGUUGUUUCGCCAAAAGAUUAUUCAACAAAGUAUCGUUAUUAAUUACAUUAUGCAGCAAAAAGAUUUGAAUAUAUGUUUCGAAUAUAUGAUGUUGUUUUACAUUAAAACAUAAAUUAAUCAUCAUUAGUCGUAUACAGCUUAGGUAUUAUUUAACAGUUACAGAAUGAUGAUGAAUUUGUACCGUCACAUGUAAAUAAACUGAGAUUUUUCAUUUAAAUUUA